AUGCCACCCCUCAAGCAAUACACUCGUGAACAAGUGCGUUGCCAUGCAACCGAAAACGAUAUAUGGAUCAUUAUCGAUACCAUGGUCUACAACAUGAGCGACUUUAUUGAUUUACAUCCUGGUGGCGCGUUUCCCAUACUCGAAUAUGCAGGAAAAGAUGCAACGGAUGCAUUUUACGGUUUACAUCGACAAGAGGUGUUGCUCAAGUAUGCUCGAUACCAGAUUGGUACCAUCGUCAAUGAGACACCAAGUAUUCCAUUGCGUCAACACGGUGAUAUUUCAACGGUGCCUUAUGGUGAGAUCAGUGCUUUUAUGGGAUACAAAUCACCCUACUACAAUGAAACCCAUUUUCGAUAUCAAGCUGCCCUUCGCAAGAUCUGUGAUGAGCUCAAAGAAGAGGCACAAGCAUGCGAUUCAGCCGGUGAUAGACCAUCGGAUGAAUUUGCAAAAAAGCUCGGCUCCUACCAUUUAUUGGCAGCACACAUUGGGCCUGGUCCUUGGUUACAUGGCUUGACCAUGCCUGGCAACAUCCGGGGCGAAGACUUUGACUACUUUCAUGAUAUGAUCACCCAUCAAGAAUUUGCACGUUGGAGUACGCCUGGAUUGGUUGCUGGUCUCACGGGUGGUAUGACCAUCUCCGUGCCAACCGUACUUCAUUUUGGAAAGCCUGCAUUGAAAAAAGAGCUUGUUCCCAAGAUGCUAUCAGGAGAAAAGCGCAUGGCAUUGGCAAUCACUGAGCCCUAUGUUGGAUCAGAUGUGGCUAGUAUCAGAACAACAGUUACCAAGGCGACCGAUGGAUAUAUUGUGAAUGGUGUCAAAAAGUGGAUUACCAAUGGUCGAUUCGCCGACUAUUUUGCAACAGCUGUUCGCACCGAGAAAGGUAUAUCCAUGUUGCUGAUUCCUAGGUGCGAUGGUGUCGAGACAAAGCCAAUCAAGACGUCCUACUCUCCCAGUGCAGGCACAGCCUAUGUGACAUUUGACAAUGUAAAAGUACCAUUUGAAAAUCUGCUUGGUGUUGAGGAUCAAGGAUUUCGCGUAGUUUUAUAUCGGAUCACUGAUCAUGCUGCUUUUGAUUACUAUACCAAAUAUACACAGAAUUUCAACCACGAGCGUUUCAUGCUGAUCUCACAAUCCGUCGCUGUGGCACGCUAUGCAACAGAGGAAUGCUUCAAGUGGGCGAACCAAAGAAAGGUGUUUAACAAGCGUUUGAUCGAUCAACCUGUUAUACGCAACAAGCUUGCAAGAAUGAUUGCAGGUGUUGAGAGUGUGCAGUGCUGGGUGGAGAACAUAGCCUACCAAAUGUGCCAUAUGGAUUACGCUGAGCAAGCUGACAAGUUGGCCGGCCCGAUAGGACUCUUAAAAUAUCAGGCUACACGGAUGAUGCAUCAUGUCUCGGAUGAUGCUUGUCAAAUUUUUGGCGGAAGAGCAUUAACCCGUACUGGAAUGGGACGCUACGUUGAGGAUUUGCAACGAACCUAUAAAUUCAAUGCCAUUUUGGGUGGAUCGGAGGAGAUCAUGGCUGAUCUCGGUGUACGACAAGCCAUCAAAAAGUUUCCUACGGAUGCUCGCCUAUAG